UAUAUUUAUUUUAUAUAUGCGUUAUAUCACUAUAUAUGUUGCCAUAGCAAGUCUUUGUCUGGCUCAUGCGCAAGAUACCACCUACCAGGUAAUUUAUUCAUUGAAACAUGACGUGAAUAGACAACAUGGUAGUAAAUUGGGUGUUCGUAUGCAAGGCAAUGACAAGAUCUACAUGCUGGACAACACAAAGAGCCUGGAUCCUCUUGUGCAUGUAGGCACUGCACCUUCUUCCUCUGCCUACCAAUUUGUACUCUUGGAUGAACAUGAUACCCUGAUGGAGGCUGAGCCAUUUUAUCGCUCUCCCCUCACAACUUCUGUCCUCUAUGACUUUUACGGGCGUAUCAAAACGAUUCAAGGAGAACCUGACCUUAUACCACGUGUGCGCUAUCAAAAUGGCAAGGGAGACCGUGUCUAUCCCAAGGGACUUGAUCGUUCUCAAAAUCAUUUGACGACAGAAAUCCCCACUUUACAUAUCCAGUCACCCGAUUACCAUCAGUUAUUGGAUAGAGUGUUGGAAGAUGUGCGUAUCACUGUUAAUCUCACACGCAUCACAUCCAGCUCAUUAGAAACCUAUCGAAAUGUCAACCUGGAGCUGAGUGGCCAAACCUCGCGACUGUUCAAUAAGUUGUCCUAUAGCGUGCUAAUGGACAAGAAAGAAAAGGAGUCGCUCAAUGGCUAUAGAAAAUUCAAACUUCGUGCUUGUGCAACAGACCCUAGUUAUCUCCGCGAAAAAAUGUUUUAUGAUAUUUUGGAGGCUUCUGAUUUACCUGCUGCUAAGGCUUCAUAUAUCAGGUUGUUUAUCAAUGAAGAACCGCAAGGUCUUUUUUUGUUUGUUGAUAACUACAAGAACCCAUUUUUCAAAAAUGUGCUGGGUAAUAACGGUUCCAAAUACGAAAAUGGUGCAUUGUUCCAAGGAAGUCUGCAGGAAAAUCCAUUGGCGGUGGGUAGACUCCAGUCCGGUGCCAAUUUAGGUUAUUUAGGAUCUAAGCCAACCGACUAUUUCGAACCAACGACCAAUCGUUCGUCGUAUUUAGUACUCGAAGACGCUGGUAAAGGCAAAAUCAAAGAUGAUUUAAAGGAAUUGGUCAAGUUCAUUGAAUUCAUUCAUAAGGCGGAAACAUCGAAUUAUGACAAGAAAAACACACAGAAAAAAUUAACCCGUAAAUGGGAACGCAAGUUUGAUGUCUCCUUGUUUUUAAAACAUAUGGCUUUUGAAAUACUGCUGGGUCAUAACGAUGGGUAUAUGGGCGCAGCACAUAACUACAUGCUCUAUCAUGAUCCUGAUCAAAAGGGCAGAUUUAUUUGGAUCGCCUCCGAUUUAGACCAAACAUUAGGAAGCACACUGAUGGCCCCGCGCCUAUCGUCUACCGGUUCAAAGUUUGACAAAUUAGAUCGUUAUGGACUACUAGAAAAAUCAGACGUGCGUCCCCUGGUAAAACAGUUAUUAAAGAUUGAUGCAUUUAGACACCGUUUCUAUCAAAUAUUUAAAGACAUCCAUGACUCGUUAUUCAAUUCGGGCGCCAUCGCAACCCACUUGGCUUACAUGAAAGAGUUUAUUAAGGAAGAUGUUGCCUGGGACAAGACAUGCGAUUUGACCCGUCCAGAUCUUUUCAUUAAAAACCGUACAGAGUAUGAUAGACAGGUCAAUGAAAAGGUCUUACAGUUACCCUUGGGACCCGAUUUCUGGAGUAGAAUUAACAAGGUUGAAUUUCAUGCGGCCAUCAAUGGUCCACUACAGAAAAAUCCUUCCCUUGUCCCCCUCGCUGACUGGUUUAAAGAAACCGGUCAGUCUUUAAAAGAGUUUUCUGGUAGAAUCGUCGCACAAAUCCUUGUCUCAUUAGGUUCAGUUGUUACAAGAGCUUUUGUUGCCGCAUACAAACAAGCUGCUGCCAAUGCCGGUAAGAAUGGAGGAGCUGGAGCCAGUGGUGGCGGUAGUGGAAGAGCCGGUACAAAGGAAGCCGUGAUGGAUGCAUUGACUCGUAAGACCGGCAUGUCGGUAGAAGAAGCUUGUCAAAUUCUUAAUGUGACAAAGGAAGCCGAUCUCACGAAAUUAACAAAAAAUUACGACCACUUAUUUGGAGCCAACGAUCCAGCAAAGGGUGGUUCAUUUUAUAUUCAAUCCAAGGUGGUCAGAGCAAAAGAAAGAAUUGAUAUGGAAAAAGCACAAGAGUUAAAACAUAAAGCAGCAGAGGAAGCAGCAGCAGCAGCAGCAAAAGAAGCCGAAGCACACACACCUCCACCACCACCUUCCUCAUAAAAAAAAAGUGGAUUUUUUUUUAUGAUAGAUUUACGUAUAUAUAUAUAUACACGCAGCAAACAUCUCUUUUAGAAAU